AUGCAUAAUGAAUCUAUUCGCAUAUGGUUCUCAAGACGUAAAUUAACUACAGGUAUUGAUGUUGAGUUAAAAAUUGAACUUGAAAAAAGAGAACUUUAUUGGAGAAGUAUAAUUCACCGUUUAAUUGAAACAGUUAUAUUUUUAUCAGGCAGAGGUCUUGCAUUUCGUGGCAAUAAUGAGACGCUGGGUUCUAAAAAUAAUGGCAAUUAUCUCGGUUGUUCAGAAUUAAUUGCGAAAUUCGAUCCAUUAAUGUCCAAACAUCUUGACGAAUACGGUAAUAAAGGCCGUGGAAAUGUCUCAUAUCUGUCCCACACUAUUUGCGAUGAGUUAAUAACACUUAUGAACAAAUCUGUACUUUGUAAUAUUGUAAAUGAAGUAACGGCAGCUAAAUAUUUCUCGUUAAUCGUAGAUUCUACUCUCGAUAUCACAAAAUUAGAUCAAUUAACAAUUGCUAUUAGAUACGUUAAUUUAGAUGGGACUGCAGUAGAACGAUUUUUAUGUUUUAUUCCAUCGGUUGGACAUAAAAGUAAAGAAAUGGAAGUUGCAAUAUUAACGAAAUUAACUGAAUUAAAUAUCAACAUAAAUUAUUGA